AUGAACACUGAAAGUAUUAUCGGUGAUGGGGCAAAAGUUGAGAGAAAGGCGCCAACACUUCCAAUUAAUCACAGGUUUCUGGAACCGGAGAAAGCUGUUAAAAGUAUUACAGAUAUGGCCAUUUGGGAGAAAUCUGAAGCUUAUAUGGAAUAUACCGGAUUUAUAGCUACCCUCAAUGAAGCCAUUAAAGGAAAACCAUUGUCUGUUGAUUGUAUAAUAUCGGAUAAUGUAAAAAAAAUUGUAGAACUGUUAGAUAAACUUGAUAAACUGAUAGAUGAAUUUCCACCGAUUGAACAACCGCAGAGAUUCGGUAACACAGCAUUUCGCGACUGGCUUUUGAAGGUUAAGAGCAAAUCCACACAGUUUUUACAAGAUGCCAUCGAUCUUCCCCUACAUUUGGCAAUCCCGGAAAUCAAAGUAUAUCUAGAAGAAAGUUUUGGUAAUGCUACAAGAAUUGAUUAUGGAACAGGCCAUGAAAUGUCGUUCAUCAUGUUCCUCUGCUGUAUUUACAAAAUCGGUGUACUUGUCGUAGAAGAUAAUGUAGCAACGGUUUUCUUGAUAUUCAACAAAUACCUACAGAUUGUUAGAAGAUUGCAGCAGACUUAUAGAAUGGAACCGGCCGGCAGUCAUGGUGUGUGGAGUCUAGAUGACUAUCAAUUUGUACCGUUCAUCUGGGGCAGCUCUCAACUUAUCGAUCAACCCAGAAUAUAUCCACCGGUCAAGUUCCUUGAAGACGAUAUCAUUGAUAAAUAUGCUGACGAGUACAUGUUUUUGUCAUGCAUUAAAUAUAUUAAAGAAGUGAAGAAGGGACCGUUUGCAGAGCAUUCUAACCAGUUGUGGAGCAUAAGCGCAGUCGGUUCCUGGUCCAAAAUAAACCAAGGAUUAAUUAAAAUGUAUAAAAAGGAGGUCCUCGCUAAGUUUCCAGUUAUUCAGCAUGUGCUAUUUGGAUCCCUUCUACCAAUCCGUAGGUUUCCUAUUCAGCACUAA